UGUGUUAAAACGCUAUAAAAGGGUACCCAAAUUUUCUCUCUGCCACUCAGAUAGAUCAAUCCUGUUGUGAAGGAUUCGAGGUUCGAAAGGUGUGAGCCCUUAUCGCUUCUCCUUUCUCUCCGUCAUCGUUGAUAUUUGCAUUGCAGGGAAACUGAAGUUUAAGAACGAUGGGACUCAGCUUCACAAAGCUUUUCAGCAGGCUUUUUGCCAAGAAGGAGAUGAGAAUUCUGAUGGUAGGUCUCGAUGCUGCUGGUAAGACUACCAUUUUGUACAAGCUCAAGCUAGGAGAGAUUGUUACUACAAUUCCUACCAUAGGAUUUAAUGUGGAGACUGUCGAAUACAAGAACAUUAGCUUCACGGUGUGGGAUGUUGGUGGUCAGGACAAGAUCCGCCCACUUUGGAGGCACUAUUUCCAGAACACUCAGGGGCUGAUAUUUGUUGUGGAUAGCAAUGACAGGGACCGUGUUGUUGAGGCCAAGGAUGAAUUGCAUAGGAUGUUGAAUGAGGAUGAACUCAGAGAUGCUGUUUUGCUUGUAUUUGCUAACAAGCAAGAUCUUCCUAAUGCAAUGAAUGCUGCAGAAAUUACUGAUAAGCUCGGUCUCCACUCACUUCGCCAACGUCACUGGUACAUCCAGAGCACUUGUGCAACCUCUGGGGAGGGUCUAUAUGAAGGGCUUGAUUGGCUGUCGAACAAUAUUGCUAGCAAAUCUUAGGGCAGAUGUUCUUGUGGUGCUGACAGUGGAGUUUUAGCUGAUCGGAGAUUUUUAGAUACCAUCUAUACUAUCUUUGUGCUAAAUUGUCAGAAUUUGAUAGAGGCGCUUAUACUAUUUUUGCUUCUCUCUUAAUGUUUGUAAUAUCUGAUAGAUACUUUUUGAAUAUUGCACUAUGUUUCUGUUGUGGUAUUUGAUGUUGUUUAUUCGAACUCUUGUCGGUUCUA